UAUUAAUAUAGCUAGCCAGACGAAAAUCACACGGAUAAGGAUUCAUCAUUAUUUGAGUGAAUAUGAAGAAAACUUGAAGUGGAUUUUAACACCGUAAACUGGGAAAAACUGGAGAAGGCUUCGAUGUUUGUCAUUUAUUCUACAUUCCCGAGGAUGUUCUAUUACUGCAAAUAAAACCGUGCGAGGCGAUUUUAAUCUGAUAGAAAUGGAGUGCUAAUUAUUGAGUCUAUUAUAAGGCUGGGAUGUGUUAGAAGAACUGUUUGUAGCGAAUUCACUGCUAGACCUACUGUUGUGAGAUAUAACACCUACUUGUGAAAAUUUGGAUUGUUGGAUAAUAUCAGGUACAUUAAUUUCAGUUACUAGCAUUCUAAAUUUUCAAUCGGAGAAGUUUGCAACAAAUAUGGACCACAACUAAGAUGGAAACAUGUAUUUCGUCUAGAAAUAUUGCAGCCUUUAUAUAGCUGUCUUUAUUACUUCUUAUUCUACCUUAAGUAAAUUUAAAAGUAUAUUUUUAUCGACUGCGUAAAGAGAAAAAUCAACAACAUGACUGACUCGCCUAUACAUAUCACGGAGCCAGUUGGUAUACGCGAUGUGAAUGAUCCUCCCGUGGUUCGGCAGAUAACAGAACCACAGAGAUCUCGCAGAAUCACGGAGCCAUCCGGAGCGACUUAUUCCCGAAAUUCGGACACAGAAAAUAUCAUUCAUGUCGGUCAUCCUGUCCCGCAGCGACGGCAAACAUAUAGCGGUUCAUCUAUACAGUAUGAGGAUCUCCAAGGUGUUCAUUUAUCAGUACCGGAAACGUUACCUUCGGAAGAUAACGCCUCUUCCACCCCUGGCGAGAGAGCAUGGCGAAAGGUUGGGUUCCUCACGGACUUGGUACGGUUUCAUUGUCAACGUUUAUACUCCAGCGUUGGAGGACGAAAGGACCUGGGACUUUUUUAUAACCGAGGGGCAUUCUACGCUAUGGAUGCUUGGUGUGGACAUAUGGGUGGCCCACUCUUUGAAGGGGAUAUUGAAGAUUUGAACGGGCGUGCUCACGUGAUGUGUCCUUGGCAUUCCUACAUGUUUGACCUUCAGACUGGAAAAAAUAAUCUAGGAAUGCAGCAAGAGAUCUACAAGGUAAAGGUGGAGGACGGGAUUGUUUACAUACUGUAUGAUACAGACUUGUCCACGACACCAAUCCACCAGUCCGAGUGACAGUUAUCGCCCCUUAUUCAUGCAGCGAAAUAUCGACAAUGAAAGAGAAAUGGGUGAUGAGAAAAAAAACUAAUGUUAAAAUGAGUUAGAUAAUGUUUAGGGAAAAUAUAUUUACAUGAAAAGAAAAAGAGCACACCGACAUAUAAAGGAUCUUGGGUUAACAUCUGGGUCACGUGACUAAGUCCCAACAAUGAUCAAUCUGUAGCAACUCGCUGACAACAAUUAAGAUAUAGAAACAUAUCGAAAUAAUUUCGAACACAUCUCACUUUACACUAGGAUUGCAUGGUUUAAGAAAUCUUGUGUCAUCUAGCUCACAAGUGCACUCAGUGUAUCUCGACGCUUGAAACAAGCGUUUCGCCUACCAGGACAUAGCGUUAAAGAAUAGAAAGACAGAUGAAGUUGUCAAACCAAGGUAUCUAAAUGUAUCAAGGAGGAUGUUGACAACAUUUCAGACAAUGUGAACUCGACAAAGACAAAGCAGGCGACUAGUACAACUAUCAAACCCUUCAGGCAGUACAUCUAUUGAAGCCAGAAAUAAGCACACGGAGUUUGAUGUUUACUCCUAGAACGUUGAACACAUGAAUGACUUAGUACACUUGGCAGGUUUUUAUCUACUCCUAAUGUACGUGACAAGGAAGGCCAGUCAUUGGUCAAUAACUACAUGUAUAAGCGUGAUUAAGAUAACAUUAUUACCUCAUUCUUUAACCUAUUAAGUCAUAAAUUUGAAAUGGAUUUCCUGAUUCAUACAUAACAUAUUUUAACAUAAUGUAGUACAAUUUUAAAGUUUGCAUCAUAAAAUCCGUCCCAUUCAGGAACCGAUCUCCCACAAAAUCAAGAAAAAUAGUAAAGCAACCAUAUACUAUAUCGACCAAAGAAAAAAUGUUGAUCUUGGAUUUCGUCUACAGUUAAUAUUUUUUCUUAGGUUGAUACAAACCUUGUAUUGACCUCUAUGGUGGCAUAUUUCUGCCAUCGUGUUAAUUUAGGUCGCGUUACGGUAACACGACUUGUCGAGAUAAUUAUGUAGUGUAGUGCUUUCCGUUCAUCUUUCUGUGAGAUAAUAAAGAAAUACAUUACUUCCAUGUAAUAUGAAAUAUUAGCAAGCUGUGUGGAAUUUUCACAUUUCUAGUGUCGUGAAAUACAUGUAGUAACAGUCCUAAGUAACCAUUUGUAUCGACGGGUCGAGCACAGGGCGCCUGAUUACAAAUCUUGCGCUCUACCAAUUGGAUCCGAGCGGCAGAAUGGUGGCUAUCGCAGUUGAAUGUCAUUUUUGCAUGAACGUAAUUUUCAGUAGGGUGUCAAAUAAGAAUUUUUAGGUUUUAGGACAAUUCAGAGACAUAAAAAAGCACAUGGUUUUGGCACAUUUCAAACCCACGGUCAAUAUACAUUGUAUACAUGUAAUAAAAUCAGAAAUUAUUUUCUUCAAUCUUCAGAUGCUUUGUACAACAAUGGUUUUGGUAACAAGAUAUGACUUCCUGAAUAACAGCUUGGUUGUCUACUAUGACGCCAUACAUAUUUUUAUGAUAGUCUGUUCAAUUAUGGCCAGUACACGAUAUAACCAAAACCAUUUGGAAACGUGUAUAAUUAUCUCCAAAACCAAUAUUAAAGUUCUCAUGCUUUACUGAUCAAAAGUGUUUCCAAUUUCCAAUUUUAUAAUUUUCUAUGUGUACAUGUGUAUAUACCGGAUGUUCGAGAAGGACGAGGGACAUUAAUAUUGUCCAAGUCCGAUUUUUAUGAGUGUCGGGGAGGACUAAUGAACGGGAUUAGGUGAAUUUGGGUGUCAAAGUGGAGGGGAUGGGAGACAAAUAUCCAUGCACAGGGGAAACGGAUUUUUUCAUGUUUUGUAAUUAAGUUUAAUUGCUAUAUUGUAAACAGACCUAGAGUAUGACCGCUUUAGCCAAAACCAUUUGUAACUGUCACAGGGGUUUGGCAAGGACCUUUGUCAUCUAUAUAUAGAAAUAUAGGAAGAGGUACCAAAGUCGAGGGAUCAAAUAUUUCAUACAUAAACACAUCUUAAUGACUUUAGUUCGUGCAUAUCCCGUUUGGUAAUGGUAGGGACUAAUAUAGCACUUGGUAAAUAAGUUAUUAGUUUGAAUGAAUAAUUACAAGUCUACAUUAUUGUUUGAAUAUUACAGGAUUAAAAAACAACACAUUUUAAGUUCAUUACAUUUGUACUUUAGGUCAGAGCAACUGUUCCCUGUCAGCUAUGCGUAAUAAUAUCAGUGUAAAGCCCGAGACGUUCCGAAACGGCUGGGUGUCCAGUUAUAACUUAUCUCGACAACGUUAAGUAGAUGGCAUAUCUGGGCAAAAGUACAUUUUAGGUCGAGAUCCGCGAUAACCCAACUUGACCGGUCGUGAUAAAUUAUCGCGACAGGUCGUCAUAAUAACACGACUUGCCGCGUUAAUAACACGACUUGUCGACAUAAUUAUCUCGACAAGUCGUGUUACCGUAACGCGACCUAAAAUAACACGAUGGCAGCAAUAUGCCACCAUAGACCUCAUCAAUAUUCUAUAUUUGACACAUCUUUAUACGUCGGUGUUUUCUUCUUGCUUUCAUACGAGAUGGUCAUCGUUAUGGUGGCAUAUUUUAAUCAUUGUGGUAAGUGAAGUCGUAUGACAUGACCGUUACACGAAAUUUUGAGAUCAUUAUCGUUGUGUUAUUUAGUUACACUAACGCGAAUGUGACCAAAUUUUACCAAAACGACUUGUCGAGAUCUUUUCUUUAUAUCGAUACAAUGAUGAAAAGUUUAACUAGAACGGUGGAAAUAAUCUAUCUUGUACCGAAUUCCUAAGUUAAUUUCGAUAAAAAUUCGGGUUUGUAAAAUCCAAAUUACACGACAUGUCGCUUUAAUUAUCUCAAAAAGUCGUAUUAUGGUGACGCGACUUAAUAUAAGACCAUGCCAUACAGCAUGAUAACAUUUGACCUUGGGCAAACAGGGUUAGAGCUAGGUGAUCGGUGAUUAUCGAACAUUUUAAUACAAACUGAUAGUAUAUAUGUAUAUAUACAUGUUAGUAUUUUGGGUAAAUUGCAUGCAUGACAAAUCAUUUAUAUAUAUUUUAACUAUUGUCGAUAACCUAUGUAAAUAUACCUCGUGGAAUAAGUCAUAGAUUUUGUGUCUCAUUAUCGAAAUUCACUAUACGACAACUUUCACAUUAGGAGUAAUUAGUGUUAUCAUUUUUACAAUGUCCAUUAUCAGAAAUGUAUAUUUUAUAUAAAUGUACGGUGUAAUGUCAAAUUAUCAUAAAAUAUCAAUGACGUUGAGCGAUUGAUAAGCGUUCUGCAGUAUGAUAUUGUAUAAUUGGAAAUGUUCGCGGCUAAUUUAAUUUUGCUUUUUUCGCUGCCUUUAAAUAUAGCACAAAAAUAAAUAUCCUGUAAUAUAUAUAUAUAUAUAUAUAUAUACAAACAAAUAUACACAUAAGUUUUCUGCAUAAUGUUUACAAGGCAUGGGACAUUUAAUACUCACGAACAAGGUCCGACUGGUACAACUACAAAAUAUUAGCCCCAUGAAAAAGAACAUCUAUGCAGUAAGAUGUACAUGUUACAGUUUGGAUUUGUUUAAAUCAAUACUUAAUGCGUUUUUUUAUUGGAUAAUCACAGAAACAAACAAAGUAUCUCAAUCAUAUCAAAACGGAAAUCUAAUACCAAAAUCGCCCACAGAAUAUGUCGCAUCACUUAGGCUUGGACGUAAACAUCCAUAUCAUUGAAGAUUAGAAAUCGAUCAAUACUGUUUACUUUCGCUGUCCGUCUUAUUAAAGAUAAUGCAUGGCAUGACAUUCAGAGCAGAGAUUUCAUUAAUGAUCUCCCAUUUGCUUUGAGGUCUCUAGUUUAGUAUAUAGUUAUGCUCACAAUAUUUCCUGAGUAAGUAUUUAGAAAUAAUUACAUUUUUAUUAAUGUAUAGAAUGUAGUGAAUGUGUAUAUGCCAACUUACAUUUAAUGGAUUCAUGCCGAUUUGAAUGGUUCAUUUCAGAUGUAUUUAUUGAUGUAUAGCUAUAGAAUGUGAUUAAAGUCAGUGUAAAGUUUAUGUUUUUUAUACGCCUGCUUACAUUUAUUGCGUCCAUACUGGUUUGACUGGUUCAUUGGGAUUGCUUGGGAUUGUUUUU